AUGAUCAAUGACAAAGAUAAAUCGCAAAUCGUCGCUUUCUUUGGAAAACAAUUACCAACUGCUCCAAUCCAAGAAACAUAUGGUAUGAUGAUAAGAGCAGUCAAAUAUGGAAUUUACUGGCCAAAUUUUGGAACAAGAAUUGAAAAUGAUUAUUUUGCAUUUUACCAACCUGAAUUGUUACUCAACGAUAUAUACAAAUUGCCACAGAGUGUUUUCUUCCCAUGGUCAAACAUAAAGGCUCGGAAUUCCAAAGUUUUCGCUGAAUUCAUCAUUGAAAAAAUUUAUGACUUGUAUACAAUUGUUAAACACAUGAGCGAUACAACGAAACAAUACUUCGACCAAGAAUUUAUUUCUUUCAUUGAUUUUGUUUUUAACAUGUAUGAUAAGCAAAAUAAGGAAUUUUAUGAACCAGUUCUUAAAGCACUUCUUUCAGUACUAUCAGUAAUACCAAUGAGACCUUAUCUUGUUAAAUGUGUUAUCACAAACUUGGAUAAACUUUUCAAAACAGAUAUUAUCUGGAAAUACUUUAUCAAGCAAGAUUCCAAUUUUACUGAGUUAAUAUUAAAAUAUUUGAUCAAUUAUGGAGAAAGCACCGAAAGACAACAAAUCGAAAAACCAACAUCAAUCUCAUUAAACACAACAAUUUUCGCUCCUGAAAAUGUUUGUGGAGAUAUCGAAACUUAUUUUGCAACUCCUUUCAGAAAGAUUAAAGUAACACAGAAAGAUUUUGUUAAAGGACAAGUAAAUCAAAAUGCUUUCUUUAACUACGAAGAAUUGUUAUCCGAAUCAGCAGAGAUCAAUGGACAAAAUGUGAGCAUUGAUAUCAUUGGAAACAAUAAAAGUACUCAAUAUAUUCUUGAAGGAAUUGUCUCGAAAAUCUGUUCCCAAGAUUUUUCAAAAGCAGAUCCAACAUAUGCUUUAUUCCCAUAUUUAUUCAUCAAAUGCGCUCAAAACUCAACAAAAUCAAUUCCUCUAACGGAAAUGGAGCAAGCUCAUGCUGAUAUAUUGAGCCUUCCGCAUUGCGAUAAACCCAAUGAAGAAUACUCUAAUUUUAGAACGAAUUUGAGAGAUGUUUAUUCUGCAGCCGAAAGGGAUUAUCAAAAUCCAAAAAGUAUUUUCCAUAUCAUCGCAAAGGCAACAACACAAAAAAUGUUUAGAAAGAGGACAUUUAAUAUUGACGUUGAAGUCCUUACAGUUAAAAUAAUGCUUUCAAUCAUUUGGUCAUGCAAUUUGUUAAAGGAAUAUACUGAAUUCGAAACAGAACCAACUAUAGCAAAGUUUGAUACAAUUUUCAAACCUUACUUACCAAAGGUACAAAAGAUAAAAUUAGAAUUAAUUAAUCUUUUGAACACUACGGAAUAUAGUGGAGUGUUGAAUUCAAUAAACCGAAAAUUCCAUACUAUA